GGAGCAUACACCACCCAGUCACCAAGCCAGGCACUCAGAGUCACUUGAAAGCUUCGAUGUACUCCACAGGAAGAGAAGACAGACCAGCCUUCCCCCAGUAGUCAAUGGCACGCACUCUGUAAAAGCCAGAGACUGAGCUUCCUGCAAAUGAAAAGGUUAUGUGGGGACAGGAUCAACAAGAAGCAGCACAAGAAGCAUGCAGGCUGACUGAAACCCCUCCGCUCAACUUGGGAAGCAGCAUCACCUGCUCCAAAGAAAGCUGUGCUCCUGAGGAACUGUGCUACUGUGUGCUGAUAAGAAAUCUGUUGUGGAACUACUGCAGCUACUUUAUGCCUCUGGAACACACACAUGAAGUAAACACUGGGACAAUGGAAAGACCACUUGAGGCUACCAGGAUGGAAAACACCACUUCUGCCUGUGUUCUCAUGGAAAGAAAGACUCAUGUCAAGAUUAACAGGAAACAAGUCAUGCUAGCUAAGUUGAGGAAGAGCUGCUCCUGCACCCCAGAGAAGCUGAAGAACUUUCUCAUGGACUUUCUUCCUGUUUUACGAUGGCUUCCCAAAUACAAGUGCAAAGAGUACAUCUGGGGGGACGUUAUGUCUGGCUUAGUGAUUGGCAUCAUUUUGGUACCCCAAGCAAUUGCCUACUCACUGCUAGCAGGUCUGAAGCCCAUUUAUAGUCUGUACACAUCAUUCUUUGCCAACAUCAUCUAUUUCUUAAUGGGCACAUCCCGUCAUGUCUCAGUUGGCAUUUUCAGCUUGAUAAGCUUAAUGGUAGGACAAGUUGUGGACCGAGAACUUCUCUUGGCUGGGUUUGACUUGAAUGAUGAUGCCUCACCAGCCUUGGGCGAUAGCUCUCUGCAGAAUGACACUCAGUCCAACACAACUGCCUUCAACCUCACAAUUGCAGGGAUGAAUGCCGAAUGUGGGAAAGAAUGCUAUGCUAUUGGCAUCGCUACAGCCCUGACAUUUGUAGCUGGAGUGUAUCAGGUUCUAAUGGGAAUCUUUCGCCUGGGUUUCGUAUCUAUGUACCUAUCCGAGGCUGUUCUAGAUGGCUUUGCAACUGGUGCUUCCUUAACCAUUUUAACAGCUCAAGUGAAGUAUCUGAUUGGAAUAAAAAUCCCACGUAGCCAAGGGCAUGGGAUGCUUGUUAUUACCUGGAUUAAUGUUUUCCGGAACAUUUCUGAGGCUAACAUUUGUGAUGUCAUCACAAGUGCUAUUUGUAUCGUGGUGCUGGUUACUGCUAAGGAACUGGGAGAUCAGUAUAAGCAUAAGCUGAAAUUUCCUCUUCCUACAGAACUAGUAGUUAUUGUUGUGGCAACACUGGUGUCACACUAUGGGAAGUUAAAUGAAGUGUAUGCCUCCAGUGUUUCUGGAGCUAUUCCUACUGGAUUUAUUCCUCCCAAGGUACCACCUUUCAACUUAAUGCUCAGAGUCGCUAUAGAUGCUCUGCCUCUUGCCAUAGUCAGCUUUGUCUUCACUGUAUCCCUUUCUGAAAUGUGUGCAAAGAAAUAUGCUUACUCUAUCCGAGCCAAUCAGGAAAUGUUUGCUGUAGGGUUCUGCAACAUCAUUCCUUCUUUCUUCCACUCUUUUGCAACCAGUGCAGCUCUGGCAAAAACGCUUGUCAAAACAUCUACAGGCUGCCAGACUCAAGUCUCUGGAGUAAUUAGUGCAAUGGUGGUUUUGCUGGUGCUGCUCUUCUUGGCACCUCUCUUCUACUCCUUGCAGAAGUGUGUCCUGGCUUGUAUCAUUAUUGUCAGCCUCCGAGGAGCCCUGAGGAAGUUCCGAGAUGUGCCAGCACGGUACCAGGUGAACAAGAUGGACACAUUUGUUUGGAUUGUUACCACGUCUGCUUCCGCCUUGAUCAGCACAGAAAUAGGGCUGUUGGUUGGCAUUGUUUUCUCCCUGUUAUGCAUCAUUGUUCGGACACAGCGGCCACGGACAGCCCUGCUUGGUCAGAUCCAAGACACCAACUUUUAUGAGGAUGAUUUAGAAUAUGAAAAUCUCUCUUCUGUUCCAAAGGUCAAAAUAUUCCGUUUUGAGGCCCCACUUUACUAUGCAAAUAAAAACUACUUCCUCAAGUCUCUAUACAGAUUGACUAACUUAGAUCCUAACCUAGAAGUUGCUAGAAGGAAGAAAUAUAAGAAGGAAAAGCGGCAUCUGAAAAAGGGAGAUCACACAACUGCUAAUGGGCUGGGUAUUGGAGAAACCGCCCUGCAACUAGUUCCUAAGCAAACUGAUUUCCAAGCUCUUGUUGUAGAUUGCUCAUCCAUCUUGUUUUUGGACACCAGUGGAGUUAAUACUCUAAAGGAAAUCCUGAAAGACUACAAGGACUUGAACAUUUCUGUUCUGCUGGCCUGCUGCAAUCCCUCAGUGAUAGACUCUCUGAAAAGAGGAGGCUACUUUGGGAAAGAUUUUGGAAGUAUGCAGGAAAUGCUGUUCUACAGUAUACAUAAUGCUGUACAGUUUGCAAAAGACCAAAAGCUUCCAGCAGAUUGCUCAGUUUAAUCCUAUGUCUUCCCUGAUGACUCACUACAAAAGUGACAGAUAGAGAGGGGCAGUUUGCAAUAAUUAAAUUAUCAGACACACUGUUGGCUGUGUACAGCAAUAGGCCUACAAGCCACUCUCCCCUGAAGAGGUCUGCUGUUUGUCAGAUGCCACACAGAACAGCCACUGGAGAUGCAGUGUAGGACAGGGAUGGAACAGCUUGGAUUAUAUUACCUGCACCUUCACUUCGAAAUGCAGGUGGUGUGCAAUAGGGCAGUUUGGGAUUGACUGCCCCCUUGUGCCAUGAUCGUGUGUGACCAUAUACAUCAUAUGUGUGUGAUCAUAUACAUCAUGAGACUGCUGUGCUGUAAGAUCUGCCCAGUGCCAGUUGACUCUCACAGUGUUUCAAUGGCUGGUGAGUUUUAGGAGGGCUAAGCCAUCUCCAUAAAAAUGCAAUUAAUCUAGAAUCUUGGACACAUAACAGCUUAAAUUCCGGCUUGCAAGGUCUUGCCCCUUCCAGCAUUCUAGGUAUGCUCCCGAACAACUCCCACUAUUUAGAUACAAACAAAAUGCACAAAAUCCUGUGGAAUGUAGCAUGUCUCUCCACCUUGAUUACAUAGGCUUAAUGACACAACCUGCCACAGAAGAAACCAUGAGCCACCACUGGUUCCUCUCAAAACCAUCAUUUCCAAAAAUUACUGCUGGAAUCACUUGUGUUAUUGGCUUCCAUUUGCGGUAAUUCGUUACUGAAGGUUGUGAAAUCCUUAACGAUGCUGGAAGAAGUAUGACUCUGCUGCACAAUUUUUUAACUAGUAAGGGGAUAAACAGAAAAAUUAAUGGCUUUAUUUUGCAGUCACACAGUUACCCAUGUAGUUGUACCAUCCUGUAAAAAUAAGUUGCCUCUGGUGGGCACAUGCAAUUCCAGGGACAAAUAAGGACUAUCAAAUAUAAAACCUUAGAACUGUGAUUCAUCUUAGCAUGCUUUUUCCUACCACUGCCUGCCUGGGUGCAAACAGAAACAGAAGAAAAGAGGGUAGGACGGGAAGAUAAAUCUGUGAUCUGCCUAAAAGGGGAUUAAUGGGUCAGUCAGAACUGCCUGGCUGGUCUUCUCUAAUGCAGUGCUAAUGAAGCUUUAGAGUAGCGUACCUGGGCCAAGUAAAGGGAGCAAUACUUGGCAAGUUGUGUAUGCCCGUAUGCUGGAAAAAUUCCACCACUGUUUGUACAUAAUACAUGUAUUUAUCUUUUUUUCCUCCUAUCAUAUUAUUCUUUGAUUUAAAGUCCACUAAACCAUGUUUUACAGGGCUGGGUUACUUUCUACCAUAAUUUGCAUUAACUGCUGUUCAUUCUGCUUUGUGUCAAAUGAUACCCCCAGAGUCAGUUGUACUGUUACAUAUACAUGUUCUCUCUCUACAGACAAGCUUAUAUUUAGAUUUUGAUUGUAACACAGUUAGCACUCAGUGUUCCAGCCUAAAGCAUUGGCAGAACAUCCUCUCUCAUACUCAAACUUGUAAUUACCUGCACAAAAGGUAGGACAGCUGCCCUAUCUUUCUCUCCUUAAUCAUGGCUGGUUCACACACAGCACCAAGCACAGAAGGGAAUUCUACCACAGCUGUGCCUCUUACAAAUAGCAGACUCUAGAAUAGGUUCCAUGUAUGCAGAUGCCAUUUCUCUGCUGUGUCAUUUAAAAUAACAAGUCAGGUCAACAUACCAUGUGACUUGCUUAUUUCAACUUUUCAGGUCACUGAAUGAAAGAACACUCAAACUGAGGCUCUCCAGGUGCCCUACAGCCUGUCUGGCUCUCAAGAGCAAGUAUUUUGUUAAAGUAAAAGACAAAAUAAAAAACCUCUUCACAGGUAUUGAGAAUAGCACAAUAUUAGGUAAGUGACUCAAUGCUGACAUUUUCAUGCACUCAUUAUAAAAAAGCCUAUCAGCUGCACACUGUUAGUACUGCCAGAGCAGUGAAACCUGACAGAAAUGUCUGUCAAGAGAUUAAAGGAUUAACAUUGGCAGCAUUUUUCUGCCAUAAAAGAUUCUAAUUCCAUUAUUCUUUAAAUUGCUGACUUGGUAUAACUACCUUCUCUCUGUUACACAUGCAAAUGGGCAGAGCCCAAGGACAAAGUACUGCUUUGUGUUCGCUUUUGUUUGUAACAAAUCUUUGAUCAGGAAUAUCUCUUUUAAGGUUCUGCUAGGGCCUAGCAUGAGGAAGUGGGUUUGCAGGAGUUACUGCCAGACAACAUCAAUAUAGACACUCUUAGGCUGUUAAGCCAAAGCAAGCUGUCAUUUGAAGUCAAAACUGUGUCAGUACGAAAGAACAUAUGUCCUAACAAUUUAGACUUCUUUUAUCUUCAUGGAUCAAACUAUCAGCCUACAAUAUAAAGGAAAAAAUGCAAAAAAAAGCUUUUACUCUACAUGAUUCUCAUUUUAAAAGAGAGAUAAAAAAAAAAAAAAGAUAUUCCAGUGCUAAUGAAGGUGUAUCCUUGCAACAGUCUGUGGAAAAAAGUGAAGAGAGGUUGCCCAUCUCUUAUCCAGCAGGCUGACAAAUUAGAAGUCAAAAGUCUCUUUUUCAUCAUAUUUAUUGUAAGACUGGCACCAAAGGAUACCCAAGCAGAGAAACUUGGCAAUGCAUAAGAGAGGGUGUAAGGUUUAAGACUUUUACUAGGAAGAAACAUUAGACCAGAAGAAACCAUAAGAACAGUUUUACAUUUCUGUUUCGUUGGCAGAGCUGACUCACAAUUAACUUGUUUGUGUAGAACAAUGUCAAACACAGCAGGGAAACAGCUUUCAGUGCUAUGAUGUGGUGAUGCUGGGAGACUGUAAAUUAUAUCUAAGGAGUAUGUAGAAGGUAACUAAAAAAGCAAGCUUUUUUUUUCUGGCACAGUUAUGUUUCCUAUACUGCUUUACACAAAGAUUAAGUGUAUGAAGACUGAAGAUGUUAAAAACUGCUGAUACUCUUCCCUCCCAUUUUACCAGGAACUAGGUACUGUGACUUGGAGAGGAGCUGGGGAUAGGCUUGUAAUUCCAACUAGGUUAAUACUAAUGUUGAAAUAAAAUCAUUAUAUGCCUUUUAGGAAAAGUUAUAUCCAUCAUGUAGAUUGACUAUAUUUCUGUUCACUGUGGUGCCCUGUAUAAAUCACGUAUCCAACAAACUUUAGUACUGCUACGUAACAAUAGGAAAGGGUUCUUAACUUGCAGACUGUGUGGGUCCUAUGCAGCUGGCAAAGAGCUGGGAAUUUUCACCUCAAACUCUCCUGAUGACUGGUGCAGCAUGUGUGGUCUAGGUGUCAAAAUGGCUGUAUUUAUCAGCACUGGUAGCUAACAACUAGGGAACUGUCCAGUCCAUGACACAUACUUUGGAUUCUACGAUAACCAUGAAUAUUCCUGUGUCACAUGACCUAGAGGUAAAUGUGUGCUUUUGGUUGGAAAAUAAAACUAGCAGUUCUUUGAAACA